UAUCAACAGGGCACGGAGGAAGAGGUGUCCGGCUGCGACUCUUCACGUUUUGACCCGUCCGGGUUCCUCCUUAAAUAUUCCUGCCGAACCCUGGACUUCGGAUGAGAGUCGAGCUCCGGUUGACUGAUCUUUGUUGGUAUCUGCCAAGCAGCUGAAUGAGUCUGGAUCUGACAGAAAUGAAGAACGGCUCUCACACGCUGCCACCUUUCUCCUCGUCUCUCGCUGCUCUUGGAGGCUCUCUGACCUUGACCUCCUCACCCCCGUCUCUCCCUCUGUCACCCGUCUCGUUCCCUCCCUCCCCCACCUCUCUGUCUCCGGCUGCAGCAGAGUCCGCUCGUUCAUCGUCUCCUGUUUCAGACCUUGCCGCCUCUCAGUGCCUGGGACAGGGGGACACGUCCGACCAGGAUGACCUGACCUGUCUGAGCUGGCUGCACCAGAGGGGCGACCUGCUGCCCCUGCAGCCUCUGACCAAAGUGACCACGUUACCCCAGCGACAGCCCGGGCAGCUUCCUCCUCCUGUGGCAGCCUCCUCCAAGCCGCCGUACUCCUUCAGCAGUCUCAUCUUCAUGGCGAUAGAAGAUUCUCCUCAGAAGAGGCUCCCGGUGAAGGACAUCUAUGGGUGGAUCGUGAGCAACUUUCCGUACUACAGGACGGCCACCGGCGGCUGGAGGAACUCGGUGAGACACAACCUGUCGCUGAGCAAGAGCUUCCGUCGCAUUCAGAGGGACAAGAGCCAGUCGGUGGGGAAGGGGUCGCUGUGGUGUGUGUGUCCAGAGUAUCGGCCGGCACUGCUGGAGGGUCUGAGGAAGACCCACAGCUAUCACGGCACCAGCAGCUGUCUGAUCAACAAGCCUGCACUGUUAGAUGGAACCAGCUACGAGGUGCCUGCAGUGUGCGACACGGUGGAGAUCUCAGACUCUCUUUCUCACGCCCUGCUCCUUUCUAGUUCCUCUCCCCAAAUGCACACGCCUUUCUCCGAAGACCUGCCGUGCCCUUUGACCCCGGAUCACGAGGAGCUGGUCACCAUGGAGCCGCACGAAUACCAGCUGCACGAAGUCAGCGAAGACACCGAAAAGGACCCGCUGUCCGACAGCGGCUACAUCGAGCUGCAUUACUACGAGUCCGACCAGUGCCAGUACCUGGUGCUGCCCAGCGAAUCCGAACUGGACCUGGAGACUGUGGAGAUCCUGCAGCUGGACGUGGAGGCCCAGGAAGCUGCCGGGUCCCUGUUGGACCUUGCGGGUGGCGUAUAUUAGCUCAAUUAACCCAGAUGUUUCAGUCAUUAACAUGCGUUUCCCCUUUAGACUUUAUUGUAUUAUGAGAUAUUAGAAUGGAAAGGAAUGAAGUAAAAAUCCUCCUGUAUUCUGGCACUUUGGACGCCCCAACCUGAACUCUUAUGGAAACAGAUCAGAACAAAUGUUUUUAAAACUAGAAGUAUUAAAAUGUCAGUUUUAUAGUGUUUGCUGUAAUGUUUCUAACAGUUCGAACUAGGGGUGCACCGAUUGCAUUUUUCUUGCCAAUCAUGAUGUUUAAAAAGGCUUGACCUUCUCAUACCGAUUUUUUUUGGUCUGAAAAAUCGCUGAAUAUUGUUGGCAGCAAGUAUUGGGCAAAAUUUAAAAAUCUGGUCCGAUUCGGUGGUGCAGCCCUAUUUCGAGCUCAACAACCUCAGGGGUGGAAAGAGCGCUUCCAAACCGAGACGACGUACUGUUACUAUUACGUCUUGGUUAAAGUUUCUUAUAGUCAACCAUGAAGUUUAACAAAUAAAACCACAUCAAGACACAAACACUUAGUUGAAAAAUUGCAUUUUCUAAUAUACAGUUGUAAUAAAUUUAUGUUUUUCUGUUUUCUUUUCUGAAAAUGGUUUCUAAAAGUAUUUGGCAAUAAAGUAUAUUUAAUUUAUUAUGUACUUAUUACUCAUAAAUGUACUGAGGAAUUAUGGAGAAGCAUUAGAGGAAAAACAGUAACGUAUUGGUAGCAAUAUUUAUAUAAAUAAUCUCUUUUCUUUUAUCUGAUCCUGUUUGUUAGAGAUAGUUUAAUGUUUUUGAUGUCAUGUAUGUUUUUAAAUCCCAGAUUUCCUUUCUUCUUGAUAAUUUUAAGACUUUUAAGCUAAAUUGUCAUUAAACAGCAUUAGUUUCUUUGUGAGUUUAAUACAACCACUGCCAUUUAGUUUAAAAAUAAUAAGUUGGGGUAAAACA